UCGGCCUGACUGGGCUUUUUUUAUAUAAAAAAAUAUAUAAUAAGAAGGGAGGGGGCGCGGGGAGGUUUCAUGCUGACCUGCUAGAAUUUAGCUGUGUUCUUUUUCCUUGGCAAUGUGGGUGCUGAGUGGAGUGUACAAAUCUCCAGCUAAUCUGCCAGCCAGCGCUGAAUGGUGCAGAUGGGAGAACAGGGAUAAUGAAAUGCCUGACAUCACCGUUCCAGAGGAUUCAGCCUGGGCACGGCCUGGCACCAGGGAGCAUAUAAAGCCCUGGCUCUUGGCUUGCUGGAGUGCACUGCUGCCCACUGCCUCCUCCGGGACCAACUCAGAUGGAUAUCACCGUUCACCACCCCUUCUUCCGCAGACCCCUGCUGUCAAGCUUGUUGCCCAGCCGCAUCUUCAACCAGACUUUUGGGGAGCACCUUGUGGAAUCUGAACUGCUCCCCAGUUCCUCAGCUUUCAGCUCUUUCUUUUUGAGACCCUCCAUCCUAAGGAACCCCAGCUGGCUUGAGAGCCGACUCUCAGAGCAGAUGCGACUGGAUAAGGACAAGUUCUCUGUAAACCUCGAUGUGAAGCAUUUCUCACCUGAGGAGCUAAAAGUCAAAGUUUUGGGAGACGUGAUUGAAGUUCAAGGAAAACAUGAGGAGCGCCAGGAUGAACACGGCUUCAUUGCCAGGGAGUUCAACAGGAAGUACAGGAUCCCAGCUGAUGUGGAUCCCCUCUCCAUCACCUCCUCCCUCUCUUCAGAUGGUGUCCUGACAGUGAAUGGACCAAGAAAAGCCAUGGAAGUCCCAGAGCGCACCAUCCCCAUUGCCAGGGAGGAGAAAUCUGCCGUACCAGCAGCGCAAAGGAAGUAGACACGCCCUGUGAGACCUACUCUUUUAUACCCAAGAAAGCCUUUCCAUUGGAUGCAAACAGCAGGCGGUGUCACUGGCUGGCUGUUCUUAUUUAUUUGUGCUAAGCAAAUGAGCUUGUUUACUAACAAAUAAACCGAUGAGUAAGCAUCUGGUGGCUUCUUUCC